ACUGUGAAAAGAAACUUUUGGGCCGAGAAGAGUGCUUAAUUAUUCGCUUUCGUUGGGAGACAAUGUAAAAUAAUUGGAUUCGUGCGUGUCCAGCAGCAAGUCUAUCAUUCUUUUGUGAUUUGCGCUAGUCUGUUUGGCAUUGGCAAAAUAUUAUGCAGCUUGUUUCUUAACAACUGCGCACACAGGUUUAACAACAACUCAUCCUUUGUUUUCAUGUAAAAACUCAAAGACGACCUCCGCAGUUCCUUAUGGCUGAAACGCACUACGAGACGCUGAAAUUGGAAAAGAACUGUUCAGCGCAGGAGAUCAGGAGUGCUUUCAUCAAGCUGUCUAAAGAGCACCACCCUGACGCAAGCAGUUCGAGCGACAAACAGAACCAUGCCAACUUUGUCAAAAUCAACGAGGCGUACAGCAUUCUCAGCAAACCGAUCCUACGACGAGAAUACGACGUCCAGCUGAAGAUGAGGCAAAUACCGGUUUACACGACAGCAGCCGGCCACCACGUUUUCAGGGACGACUCCUUCUACUACCACCCUGGACAAGGCGACUUUCGCAGAGCCCAAGCUAAACCCUAUUACGGCAUCAAAGGAUUGAAGAAGUUGAGCAACAAGUGGAUUGUGUUCGCUUGCAUUAUUUUCACCGGAGUUGGCUGUGGAUUGCAAUUCUGGGCAAUCAAGAAAUCUUUCACCUUUUCGAGAGACGUCUUGGAUCAAAAGAGUGUUGAGAAUUACAACGCGUACAAAAAGGUCAGGGAGAGAGCGACUUCUCUGAGCAAAGAUGAGCAGUUCGAGAGAAUCAGGAAAACUUCAUAAAUAUAUUUUUCACAUUGAAAAGAAAG